CACUGUUGAUGCAACAGUCUGUAUAUAAACAAGACAUUCCCUCUCUUCAAAGCACCUUACAUCUGCAAGCGAAGAAGCUGUUUCUAUCAACUGAAAAGGAACUUAACAGAAACAUGAGGGUGGCAAUAUUCGUCUCGGUCAUGUUACUUGUGUGUUGUCUGUCCACGGACGCCCUUUGGGGAAGACGUAGACGACGUUCAAGCAGGACGGUUAACGCAAACGUGAGGGUAAACAAUGGGCAACCAACGCUUGAAGGAAGUUGGACACAUCAGGGAGAUAACUGGGAAAGUUCGGUGACAGGAAGUGUCGAUCCCUCAGGAAAUUGGAAUGUUGGAGUUGGUGCCACAUGGCAUUUUAAAAAAAGGAGUGUUGAAUUACAUGGCAACCGUUACAAUGUCACACUGCAAGUUGAUCCGUGUAAUUUCAAGUCAUAUGACGACGACCGGGACGGAAUAAUAAGUAAAGAGGAAUUCUACGCUGUAUUCGGGGAAAACGAAAAGACUGAUGCUCUAUUCGAUGACCUAGAUUACCCAACAGCUGAUGGCGUUAUAGAAAUUGAAGAAUUCUACGAACUGGCACCUGUGACAAUUACUGAAUGUGCGGACGUGGAUGAGGAGUAGAAACAUCUUCUAAAUGUGCGGACAAUUUGUGGUUUCUGAAGGAUGUAUAAUGAACAUUUCUUUUCGAUAUAAAAAACAUGUAGAUAUACUCACAUUAUUUAAUUAGCGUAAGGUAUUUAGGUUUUGGUUUCUUAAACAAGAAUUACAUCUACAAAACAUUAAUUUGCAUAGCGUUAGCGAAAGAUCACAACCACAAAUAUAAAAAUAGGUCCGCAUAGUUUGUGCGUUUAUGUUGAUUUGUUCCUAACCAAACAUUUGUAUUUUUCUUUCUGUCUAAUUUUUCAAUGUUUUGAAUAUCUAUCCUAUUAUAUAUUUUCAUAAGACAAUUUUUAACUCUUAGGUAUAGCAUUUACUUCGGCCAUCUUUACCAUGUAGGUAAUUCACUAUCAACAAAAACGUUAUCAAAACUACAUUUCGUUAUAAACUUUUUAUGAAUACAUAAUAAAAUAUGCUAAGGCUUUUGUGUGCAAAUGCGAUCUUGUCAAUUUGUCAGACAUGUUUAUCUAUAGAUUUAAGAAUCUGUGCCUUCUAAAACAGUAAAUAUGGAUAAAACCGAGGUAAAGACAGUUACGAAUAAAGGGAUAGUUACCUAUAUUCAAGUGAAUCUGUGUAUCUUUUCGAGAAAAAUCAAUUUUAAAACGCGCAAAAUUUCCCCGUAUGGCAAUUAUUGUAUCUUGAAUACAUUCUUUUCUCUUUUUUUCCAUACGAUUAUUCUGAUAAAUUGUUUCAUUUAAAUUAAUUAAAUAUGUAUAUCAAAAAAUCCGCAUCAAAUGAUUUUUAGAGAUCUUGCGCUGUUGAAAGAAAUUCAUCAUAUUACUACUUCUUAACUAAAACAAUUGUGUAAUAAAAUUCUAAAGAAA